CAACAAAAUACAUAAGACUUAUCAAAGUACGUUACAUAGCUUCGGGAGAUAAAGAUGAGCGGCCACAAAACGCUGCCGCCACCACCAUCCACUCCGCCGAGGCAGCUGACGGAGUCCAAUAUGACGGCGGAGGAGUGUGUGCGGCAAGGUGAAUUCGGUGUGGAAUUGGGGUUAAGGUCCAAGACUGUAGGAGAAACCUUGACGAAAGGGGACGUGGUGGUGCUGACAAUCAGGCUGCUGUGCAUGGCUACUUCGGUGACAGCCAUGUCGUUCAUGGUCACCGCUCGUCAGGUUAGCGUUGCAUCCUUCUAUGGGUUCCAGCUCCAGCUCCACUCCAAAUGGUCUUUUUCUUACUCCUUCGAAUAUGUUGUUGGAGUAACAGCCACUGCAACAGCUUACUCUUUGGUCCAAUUACUCAUUGCCACUUCAAGGCUGCUUGUGAAGAAAUCCCCUGCGAUUCCCUCGAGAAAUCAAGCUUGGCUUGUCUUUGCCGGGGAUCAGAUACUGGCAUAUGCAAUGGUGAGUGCGGGAUCGGCGGCGUCCGGUGUAACCAAUCUGAACCGAACUGGAAUCCGACACACAGUGUUGCCCAAUUUUUGCAAGUCAUUGGAUAGCUUCUGCGAUCAUGUCACCGUCUCGAUAGCCUUCACGUUCUUCGGCUGUGUGAUGUACAGCGCUGCCGCUGUUCAGGAUGUAAUGUGGCUGGCCAGCCAUUGAAACUACUUCAUCAUGUAUGUAUAAUGGUUGAGUCGGUUGUUUAGAAACUGAAGCAGAGCAAUGCCAGGCUAUGGGGGUGUUUGUAUAAGAGGAAAUAAAGUCGUAGGGCCUUUAUAUUUUGAUACACUAAAUGUAUGGGUUUUUAGUUAAUCCAACCAAGCUUAUUGUCCGAUUGUUUCAUGGGAUGAUCAUUGUUUAGGCAUAAUAUCAAAAUUAACUCCCAAAAUGUAUUAAAAUGGUCAUUUUAAUUUAUUUAUUUU